ACGUGGCGUGCGUGAUAAAGCACUCCCAAAACCCGAGUGCAAGGCGGGUGAGAAGGAGAUGGAAUGAGGGUAACUCCUGCAGAGCCCGCGCAGCGCCGUGUCCCGCCGCCGGGGCCGCGGGGGGCUCUCCCCACACGCCCCUCGCCGCGCUCCUCCCGCCGCUCCCGCCCUUCCCGCCGGCGGCGCAUGCGGGAGGCGGGCGAUGGCCCGACAUGGCGCUGGCGGCCCCGGCGCUGCGGCGCUAUUUGCUGCUGCUGGCGCAGGAGCACCUCGAGUUCCGCCUGCCGGAAAUAACAUCGUUGCUCUCUCUUUAUGGUGGACAGUUCUGUGGCGAGCAGGAAAUUCGUGUAAAUUCUCCCUUUUGGAUUCUCAAUAUUCCUUCUGAAGAGAUGGCAAGGGGACUGAUGAAGCGGACAGUAUGUGCAAAGUCUAUAUUUGAGCUGUGGGGCCAUGGAAGAUCUGCAGGGGAGCUCUAUGCAUCUUUGAAGAACUAUCCAACAGACAAGAUGCUUCCAUAUCUACAGUCAGACUCUACUUACAAAGUACAUAUUCAUACAUUUAAUAAAACACUGACCCAAGCACAGAAAAUAAAAAAGAUUGAUGCCCUUGAAUUUCUGCCAUUCAAAGGAAAAGUCAAUUUAAAGAAUCCAGAACACAUCUUUUGGAUUUUGGAAGAUUAUGGAAUGAACCCAAAUGAUGUUCCAGAAGAGCCCAUUCAUCUGUAUUUUGGUAGAUGGAUUGCAGAUGGCCAAAGAGAACUCAUUGAAUCCUACAGUGUAAAGAAGAGACAUUUUAUUGGAAAUACGAGCAUGGAUGCCUGCCUCUCUUUCAUCAUGGCAAACCACGGGAGAGUAAAACCCAAUGAUAUUGUGUAUGAUCCAUUUGUUGGAACAGGUGGCCUUCUAAUCUCCUCAGCACAUUUUGGGGCAUAUGUGUGUGGUACUGAUAUAGAUUACAACACAAUCCAUGGAUUAGGAAAGGCAAGCAGAAAGAACCAGAAAUGGAGAGGGCCAGAUGAAAAUAUCAGAGCUAAUCUCCGACAGUAUGGUUUAGAGAAAUACUACCUCGAUGCACUUGUUGCUGAUUCUUCAAGACCAAUAUGGAGAAAAGGGAUGCUGUUUGAUGCAAUCAUUACAGACCCACCAUAUGGUAUCAGAGAAGCUCCUCGCAGAAUGGGAUCACAAAAGGAAACAGUUAAGUCAGUUGAAAGAAGUGCAGAAAACCACUUCUUCGUUUCAUCCAGUUACCAUCUGAGUGAUAUCUUUUUUGACCUCUUGAAGUUUGGGGCAGAGUAUCUGGUGAUGGGAGGAAGAUUGGUGUACUGGCUGCCCAUAUACAGGCCUGAAUACACAGAAGAGAUCAUUCCCCGCCAUCCAUGCCUGAAACUUAUUAGCAACUGCGAGCAGAUGCUUUCCAGCCACACAUCAAGGCGCCUCAUAACCAUGGAAAAGGUGAAAGAAUUCAAGGAUCGAGAUGAGAACUCUUACUUGCUGGAUGGUCAGUAUAUGCCGUACAGGGGACACAAUUCUUUCCGUGAGAAGUAUUUCAGUGGUGUGACAAAGAGGAUUGCCAAGGAAGAAAAGGACAAUCAGAAGUAAAAUAUUAUAUAAACAGAUAAAAAAAUAAGAAAAGAAUGAAGACCAUGUUUCUUUGUAAGAACAUCUGGAUAUGAAUAUUCGUUUGGAUGCUUCAGAAAAAUAAAUACUGCUUUUAAUUUUAAAGCAAGAUGAAACCCACAACCCAGGUUGGGAGCAGUUCUUUUUAAUUAGCUUUGUUUAUGGCAGAUUUUAUUGUACAAGUUUUUUGAGUCUUAUUUAAUUUAUAUUAGUACUUUCAAGUACUAAUGAUGAUUGACUAAAACCAUUAUUAUUGUUCUUUCACCAUUAACGUUUACAAGAAAGUAGUAGUAUUAUUUGGCUUCUUAAACUGUGAACAUCUGGUUGUUUUAAAAACACGUGGUGGUGAUCAAGGAUUGCUGAUUAAGAAGAUAAUUUUCAUUUGUUUUGGUUUCUUUGUAAAUGGUGUACAAUAAACCAAGGUUGGCGUGAGGUUUUUUUAAUUGUUGCAUGCAGUAAUUGCUCAUAUGAAUUCUGCUUGCUCUGGCUGAGGUCACAAGUGCUUAAAACAAACAACAAAUGCAAAGAAGCAACUGGGCUCAUGCACACCCUGCAAAAAGAAAAGCCUCUGUGACCUGACAAACUCUGGAGAGUUUAUUAAACCCUGUGAAGCCUGUCCACAUCUGAAGCUCAUCUGUACCUUGGAUUUGCUUUUGCAUUCCUAAACCUUGACUCUUGGUCAAGCCAACUGUCUGCAAUUUUUGGUUCAGAAAUCGAUAGUUAAACCAGUAACAACAACAGCAUAAAAUCAGUAAUGGUUCCCUAAUGGUAUUAAGCCUAAUCAAAUCUUUGAAACCAAAGCUAUAUUUGUUAAAGGGCAAACUUUGCUGAAUCCACACCACGUCCAUCAUGAAAAUACCUCAUUUGAAAACCACUAAGCCCAUUAAUUCAGGAUGUUAAUGGCUCUUCUCAUUUUGGUGGUCAAAUAUGGUCACAUAUUCCUCUUGGUCUGUAUUCACCAAGCAGGGCCUUGGUAAAUGCAUCUGUGCUCUAGCCAGAGGAACCCUGCUUCUCAGUUUGCUCCAGGUCACUGACUGUGGUCAUGUUAGUGUCUUUGUAGAUCAUAAUUUUUAAGUGCCUCUCCAAGGAAGGCACAGAUCACUGUGUGUAUCUGAUAGAGUUCAUUAACUGAAUUUGCUCUUCUGUGUAUUGUGGCCCUCAGCUGCAGCAGGAAAGCUUACAAACUCAAUGACAACUUAGUUUGGCCUUCUGGCUCUAAUCUGUGGUGUGUUAAAAAGUUCUCAAAUUGUGAUUUAUUUUCCGUGUUUCCAUUAUAAAUCACUUUGUUUUGACACUUCUAAUGUCAGCCAUAUAAUAGUUGUUCCAGACUCAACUUGGAGCAAGUUCGAAGCUCAGAAAAUUUUUCAAAAGCAGAAUUUGAAUUGAUCAUUUUCAAAUAUUACAUCAAAAACAUACUGCUUCUGAAAACCUGUCUGCAUUUCAGCAUUACAAUUUGGCAUUCAGCUUUUUUUACUUAACAAAUUACAAUUAAUUUCCAUUCUUCAUAGGCAAGGAAUUUUUCUAGAUGUAUUUAUUAUACAUUUAUAACUCCAUUUUCAUGAAAGUUACCUUACGCAUGAUCUAAGUGGUUAUACAAGAGGUGAGGUAGUGGCACGUUUGGCUCUGCCUAUUCAAUGAAAAUGAUUUAGUUUAUUUCUCCUUUGCCUUGUCCAAUUUCUAGUCCCUUCAGCAGUGGUGGUGUGGCUUUAGUUUAGCAGUCCAUACAUACUAGCUCUGUCAUUUCUGAAGGAUACUGUUUUGAACAGAAACUGUCAGUGUAUUUGGGGUACUGCAUCAACACUGGCUAAUCAGAAAUCCUUCAGAAUUGAAAUCAGAUGUUCAGUCUCUGCUGAUCCCCAACUUUAAAGCUGUCCUUUGGAAAUGUUCCUCAUCUUUAAAUUUCUCCUUGCUUAGUGUGCACACUCCAGCCUAUUGUGCGUGCAGCCUUCCAGAGUGCAGGCGUUUAUAGAUCUAGAGCUGUGACACAGUCCUGGCGCUCUCCCGGCGCAGGGCUGCUGGGCAGCUGAGUUAUCCUUUCUGCUGGCUUUGGCCAUCGGUGGCCGCGGCUUCUGGCACGUCCCUUCCCUCUGGUUCCAUUCAGUCUCUCUCCGUGAGGUUCCAGCUUCCUGUCCCUGGUGGGGAGCGUCAGUUCAUGAGCCCGCGCUGAACUCAUGCCGUUGUCAUUCUCUCCUUUGGGGUGGUUUGUGCCAUUUUCCAGUUUUUAAAAAUAAAUGUUAUUCUUGGA